AUGGGCAUCACCGACAACAACAACAAAUCCACCACCGAGAGCGCAACCUCUGGCGUGACCGGCGCCGCCAAGACCGUCACCUCGACGAUCGGCGCCACGGUGGGCGGCCUGACCAACACGGUGGGCGGCGUCCUCGGCGCCGCCGGCCGCGGCCUGGGCGAGACCGUCACGGGCGCCACCGGCGAGGCCGGCCGCCCCGUCGGCGACGGCAUCGCCAACGUCGGCGGCGGCAUCGAGGGCGGCGCCGCCUCCAUUGCCAAGGGGGUCAAGGACGCCGGGGAGUGGAAGACGUCGUGA